ACACUUGUUAAUGCUUAAAAGUAAUUAUAUAGAACCGAUUCUUGGGUUAAUCAUCCGCCGGAUGACUAACGAGUGUCUCUAUUUCUCCUGGCUUCUUGCAGAUGGCUACUGGACAAUUCUGGAAACGGUGCCCUACUCGAUUGCCAAUGCUGCUCCCAAUCAAACGCUCACCACGGCCACCACUUUGAGCAAUGGUGGUUCGGGUCUGCUGACGGGAGCCACUGUGGUGGUGGAGCUGCCGCCCGAUGAUCUGGGCAAUCCGGUGGGCAAUAUCCAGUACACCAUUCCGGCUCUAACCAAAAAUGCCACGACGAAUACGAGUACGACUAGCCUGCUGCACAAGCCACAGGCUACCACCAUUCAGAUUGUGAAGCAGCAACAUCAAUCGCAUCAGCAGCAACAUCAGACGCAUCAGCAGCAGCAACACCAGCAGCAACAUCGCCAGCAGUUGACCAUCCAGCAGCCGCAGGCGCAUGCGCGGCAGGAGUACAUCAAAAUAGACACCUCCAGGCUGGAGGACAAGAUGCUGCUGCGGGACGUGAUGCAGUAUGGAGCCAGCAGCAUUGCCAUGGCGCCGCAGAGUGCCACCACCACGCACGAGUCCGGUUUGUUGCUGGCCGAUGCCGAUGAGGCCGAAAGGGAACUCGAGCUGGAGGCCAUGAAGGUGGAUCACCACGAAGAGGAUCACCUGAUCGACGACGAGGGCUAUGUGGUGGAGAAAAUUCACAGCGAUGGGGAGCCAGUGCAUCAGCAGGCGGAGAAGCUGUACAUGAAUGGCAUGACCAGUACCAUUCACACGGCCACCACGAUGACCUUGCAGCAGGUAUCCGGCGACUAUCCGCUGGAUGACUGCAAAUAUGCGUGCAAUGUGUGCGGCAAGACCUACAAGAUCAAGGGAUCCCUCAAGCGGCACAAGAACUACGAGUGCGGCGUGGAGCCGAAUCUCAAGUGUCCCCAUUGUCCGCACAAGUGCAAAUACAAAUCCGAUUUACGGAAGCAUAUGAACCAAAAACAUGCCGAUUCCGGGGAGGCAAUCCUCGGACACUAGUUCGAAUAUUACUAAGAUUAAUUAGCAUUUGUAGUCUCUGUUUAGCACUUGUUGUUGUGAGUUACCAUAAUGUGUGAUGAAUUCUAACCUUUACUUUAUGUAUUUACUUGGGAGACGUUGACAGAGAUUUUUGAAGAUUUAAAAAGCGUAUUUUGAAUUUUUUGUUCAACAAAAGUAUGGAUUAUGUUAACUAAACGUUUUAAUCCAAGUGUCUGAAUUGUACAUAGUGAAAUAGAACAGAUAACAUUUAAACGGAAAACUUGUUCAAACUCUUCAAAGAUUUCUUCAAUCGCCUACAGUUAACUGUUUGUAAUAUAGCCAAAGUUAUGAUCUCAAAGUGUAAUCUUAAAUACAGUAAGCUAGUUGGACUGAGUAUCGAAACAUGCCGUCAAGUCAAGUUCAUGUUGAAUUGCUCAAUCUUUAGAAUCAAAUUUCGAAUCAGCUCAAAGUCAAAGUGUACGGUUAAGUAUUUUAAACUCGAACAUUAUACCCUAGAUAACGUUUUAAAAACAUAACCCAAUCACUGCGUAUUUACCAUGUAUAUGAAAGUACCAAACCAAAAUACCAAUAAAUGAAUGUUUACAAUCGAAUCGAAGGAAAUUAUUGAAUCGAAUUACCUGCGAUGCUCCGAUUAAAGCCCUUAACUAAUAUGAUUCUCUUUUCUCUAGGAUAAUCCAAUGGAUUGAGAUGACUGGAGCUGGAGGCAAUCGCACAGCGAACUGGAUGACUGGCCCAACCAAAAAAGGUCUAUACAUUUAAAUUGACUCGUAUAGCUAUAAGUAGUCCAAUCAUUUAUCAGCCAAUAAAAAUGUCAAACUGAAA